AUGCUGAGCACAGAAAGUUUCACGGGGGCGAGAGCCCUGGGCGAGGAAUCGCUGCAAAUGUGGGACCUCAACAAGCGGCUGGAGGCGUACCUGGCCCGCGUGAAGUUCCUGGAGGAGGAAAAUGAGGUGCUGCGAGCCGAAAUCCAGAGUGCCAAGGGCAGCCCUGCUGGGGACUCGUGGCGGGCAAAGUACGAGGAGGAGCUGCGAGCCCUGCGGGAUGCACUGGAUCAUGCCUUCAGGGAGAAGUGCACAGCUGAGCUGGCCAGGGACAACCUCUACGAGGAGGUCCAGCAGGUGAAAAGCAGGUGCCAGAAGGAGCAGGCAGCCCGAGAAGAAGCCAAGAAGCAGCUGUCCUUGAGCAGGAAGGAGCUGGAGGAGGAGAGGAGAGCUCAGAUCUGGCUGAAGGAGAGAGCUGUGCAGCUGGAGAAGGAGGUGGAAGCCUUGCUGGAGGUGCACGAGGAGGAGAAAGCAGGACUGGACCAGGAGAUCGCAAGCUUCUCACAGAGCCUGGAAAGCUUCCGCUGUGCACCAGUGGCUUUCCAGCCGGUGGAGGUGGAGGACUACUCCAAGAGGCUCUCGGAGAUCUGGAAAGGGGCAGUGGAGACCUACAAGACGGAGGUGUCACAGCUGGAGGGUUCCCUCUGCCAGGCCAAGGAGAACCUCUGGAAGGCGGUGGAGGACAACCAGCAGAGCCAGCUGCAGCUGCAGCACCUGGAGAAAGACCUGGCAGGGCUCAAAGCACGGAAGGAGAUGCUGGAGGAGAGCCUGGCCCGGCAGUGGCAGGAGCAGCGUGGGGAGGCAGAGAAGUUCCAGCUGGCGAUGGAAGCCCUGGAGCAGGAGAAGCAGACCCUGCGGGUGCAGAUCGCCCAGGUGCUGGAGGACAGGCAGCAGCUCAUGCACCUCAAGAUGUCCCUCAGCCUGGAAGUGGCAACCUACAGGACGCUGCUGGAAGCCGAGAAUCUCAAGCUGGAGGUGAGCAGCAGCAGCAAGUUGGCACCGGCAAGUGUCGAGGCCAGGCGGCUGCUGCCCCGGGACCACCGCCCCAGCCCCUCCCUCUUCCCCAGGGCAGAGGGGAGGGGGCAGUCAGCAAAAGCCCAAAGUGAUGCCCUGACACCCAAAAGCCAGAGCCCUGGUGCCAGGGAGAUCCAGAAAAUCAGCUCGGUCCUCUGUGCCACGGCACCACAGGCUGCCAGCACAGCCAGGGAGCCAGGUACCCCCAGCCGCCCCUUGCAGGCCGGCAAAGCUGCCCCUUCUUUCUCCCCGGACCCCCCCAGCCACAUGCCACCAGAGCUGGGGAGUCUGGGGGAAGAGGGUCCUGCCUGGCCAGGGGGAGACAGGGCUGAGAUGAGCCAAGGGAAGGAGCAUUCUCUGCCCAGAGCCACAGCGGAGACACACACCACCAGUGCCGAGCCCCCAGGAACGGCACCCACCCGCAGCCUGCAGUACCCAGCCCAGCUGGUCAGCGAGGCGCUGGAGGAUGCUCUCAAGGAAAUGAAAGAUGAUGCUCAGCCCAAAGAAGAGCCCACGCUCAGCCCUGUUCCCCCCGUAGAGGCUUGCAGAGGGGCAGGGGAAGGGCAAGACCCCUCCGAGGGUGCCGGGGAUGGUGAAGCCCCCAAAGCAGAGGAGAGGGCUGGGGAAGCCGUGCUCCAGGGGCUGGGUACGGAGAGCAGCGCUCUGCAGGACGGAGCUGCAUCCCCACCAGGACCACAUCCCUGUGGCACGGCUGCUUCCCUAAGUGCCACGGCAAGCUGGGAAGAGAUGGGAGUGUGGGAGGAGGAGAUGCCCACUGUGCUGAGCUCAAGGGAACCAGACGUGGUGGCCCAGGAAGAGGACGUGAGUGGCCCUGGCCAGGCAGGCACUGUCCAGGAAGAUCCAGAGCGAGGAGAGGAUGAGGCAGAGGCCCCAAGCAGGGAGGCAUUGCAGCCCUUGGAGGAUGAGGAGGAGAGGGGAUCACAUAGCCCCUGUGGGGAAGAUGACGAUUUCCAGGGUGAAGGGAUGGAUUUGCAAGAAGGAAAGUCCCUGCAAAGGGAAGUUGAAGCUGCUCAUGCUGUCCCUGUGGGAAGCCACCCAGUUUUGCCCACAGAGAGUCACCUGGAAGAGGACCUUGUUGAUGGAAUGCAGGAAAAUUUUGAGCAUCGGGAAAUGCCCAUGAGAGAGAUGGAUCUGGCUGCAGAGGAGGAAAGGGGGCAGGAGACACACCCAGGGCAAGAAAUGUGCCCAGAGCAGGAGCCCUCAAACAUCCAUGAGGCCAUCCCAGCAGAAGAGGUUUCAUCAGGGGCUGAAGAAGAUGCUGUGGGAGGGGAGGACCCAGGCAGAGCAAAAGAUGGUGAGGGAGAAAAGGGAGAGGCCAGCGGGGAGGUGCUGGGAGGAGAAGACCCUGGGGCAGGAGAGGCUGCAGGACCUGAAACCCUGGGGCAGGAGAGCAGAGCCUGGGAGGAGCCCGGGGACCUGCAGGAAAAUGGCUUUGUGGAAGAGGACUGGGAGGUGACAGCAGAGGACGCAGAGGGGGCUCUGGGGACAGAAGAGCCAACCUGGGCAGAUGACACCCCAACAAGUGCAGGAGGGCUGGAAAGUGAGGAGAGAGGCGACAUGUCACCAGCAGAGCUGGAGGAAACCCGGGAAGAUGAUGAAGAAGAUGCCGAGAGCCAGGAGAUGAGCCAGCAGCAGCCACCACCGGAGGCUGAGCCAGCCCCGGGGCUGGCGAGGGAUGAGCAGGAGGGCACCGUUGGGCAGCCUGCCUGGGCACCCGCAGAUGCCCCCGGGCGAGGGGACAGCCAGGAGCUGGCCGAGGCUCUGGAGGAGUCAUGGGAGGUGCAGGACGAUGAAGCUGACAACGAGCUUGGCUCGGACCCAGGACAGCCGGAGAGCAGCAGCACUGGCCCUGUGGCACUUCCACAGGCUCCAGGUGAGGGCAUGGAAAGUGGCAAGUUGGCGGAGGAGGAUGCUGGGCAAUUGGGAGAGCUGGAGCAGGCACCAGGGAUGGGCAGGAGGGUGGAGCUGGAGGACACGCUGCCAGACAGCACACCCUUGCACCUCUAUGAAGGGGAGAUGCUGCCUGUGGUUGCACCCAGCCAAAACCCUCCGGAGACUGAGGAGGCCACAGAGACAGCUCCUGCAUCUGAAAUAGCUCCAGAGGAUGAAGGAUGGCUGGAAGAGAGGGACAAGCCCCCAACUCCCACGGAGAGCUGCGAAGAGGAGGCAGGGACUGAGGUAGCCCCUGCAGCAGAGGGUGCCGAGGAGGAGGAAGGCUAUUUCAUGGUCUCUGCUCCCAACCAAGAGACGUCCAGCUCAGAGGAAGCCGAGAUCUCUGAGGACUUUGAAGAAAUUAAAGUUGAAGCAACCGAAGCCAGCAAAGAUGAUCUGGAAGCUCCUGGAGAAGUGUCUCCAGUGCCAGAAGAUGAAGGGCACUUUGAGGCAUUUGUUGGUGAAGCAGAUGAAGACAUGAAGAUGCCCACAGAAGAACCUGAGAUGCCAAAGGAUGAGGAUGAGAAUGAGGACGAUGCUGGGGGGUUUACUGCUGAGCUGGAGGAAGGUCCAGCUGUGCCCAAGGCAGAUCCUGGCUUCCCUGGGGCCACGGAGCUGUUAGCAGCCCAGGGUGUCGGAGGCUCCAGCGUGUGUGACAGACCAGGGCACUCAGAGGGCUUGGCCACCGAAUCGGUCGAGAACCUCGACAGUACAGUGGAGCAGGAGAGCAAUGUCAGCAGAGGCGAAAUGAUCCCAGGCUGCAACCUGGGGCUGGUGGGGCAGGAGGAGGAGGAGGAGGAGGAGGAUGAGCCCGGCACAGCUCACCACGACACAGCCGAGCCCAUCCCUCUGACAGGGCUCCAGGCCCAGGUGAUGCCGGUCUCUCUGCUGCCUGACCAAGCGGAGCAGACAUCGGAUGACCUGCCAGCUGUGGAGGAGGAAGCACCAGACGGUUACAGCCCUACCCCAGCCAGGGACGAGGAGCACCCCGAGGCCGACGCACCUCGGCCGGGCUCUGUGCCGGGGCAGGAAGGUUUUCCGGAGAUAAUUAAAGAAAGCCCAGAGGCAGCUGAUCUCUCUGCAAAGGUGCCGGUGGACAUCAUGAAAGACUCAGAUAUUUUGGAAAUAGUUGAGCAAGCCCUGGAGUUCAAUCAGGAGCUGGUGAUGGGGGCAAGGGCGGCCGAGGGCGGGCAGUGGCAUCCCAGUGGGACCAAGCUACCUCAGGACACUGGGGAAGAUUCCUCGCCCGCCUCAUCCAGCGAGGAGGAGCCAACAGUGCAGGAGGCACCAGCGGAUGUGGCACUGGGGACGGAAGGUCCGGUUCGGGCUGAGAACGGGCUGCACCGGGAGGCCAGCCUGGAGGACCUGGCCGAAUUCACUGAGGAGGUGCUGAACAGCAUCAGCGGCGGUGGCAAGCACAGGGGGGCCGACGCCAUCCCCGUGCCGUCCCCUUUGGGGGACGACGUCUUGUGCCUCGCGCCCGAUGAACCGCCAGCGUGCCGGCUGAGAGCCGAGCAGGAGCCCUGGUCCUUGGGGGAUGAGUGA